AUGGGCUACAACUACGCUUGGCUCUUGAGUGCCAGCUUCAUAGACCUGCGCCUUACGAACGCGGUGUUCCAAGUCUCCGUAGCUCUUGUGUACGUUGCGAGCGUGCAACUCUUUGGGGAGGCGGUGUGUGUGGAGCGGCUGCUUGGCGUGAUGCUCUCCCUUGCAGGAUCGUUCUUGGCCAGCGGUCUCAGGUGGGAUGACGGACGCAGCACAGGCCCGCGGCAUCAACUCCAGGUUGUUGGCUUUGCUCUGGCACUUUCUGCAGCUGUGGGCUACACGGCCUAUCAGGUAUUGUUUCGCUGGAUCUUUGGCCACUUGAAGCAAAAUGCUUCCUUCCUGGCUCACUUCUUCUCCUGGAUCAGCUUGUGGCAUUUGCUGAUAGUGCUGCCGCUGGUCCUGGCAGCUCACGUUGCUGGUAUUGAGCGGCUGCAGCUGCCGCAUGGACUUUUCGCGCUGCUGGGCACGGGAGUCUCUGCGAUGAUUGCGUCGACAGUGAAUGUGCUUUACUUGUGCAUAGCCCACGCCUCAGCGAAGUGCCACUGCGGUCCAGAAUGCUGUUGCUAA